AAACAACACUAACUCUCCAUCUUUGUAGAGCUACUUUCGUUUUUCAACACCAGUGAACAAUAGAGUGAACAACUGCUGUUAAGAAAGAAGCCGCUUAUUUGCUGUCAGUCCGCAUUCGGAAGAUGUAUAAAUCUAGAUCUAAAUCUAGAUCUAGAUAUAGAUCUAGUUAUACUUUGAAAGCUAAAAUAAUAGUAUGCAUUCUUUGAAUCCAGAGGACCUGCAGGAAGAGUGCUGCGGACUUGAAGUAGAAAUCUAGCCUAGGCCUAAUUUUAAAGAGAUCGUAAACUACGUAAAUCACGCAAUUACCUUAUAAAUAGAUCUAAUCUAGAUUUAGAUUAUCUAGUGCCUUCCAAUUUUUACUAUUUAUACUUGGGCUGACUUGAGUAUUUUCUGAGUGCAAUAAGUCUAGAUCUAGAGUCUAGAAUCUAAUCUAGUCUAAAAUUGAAUACACUAACGUGACUGUGUGACACAGUAGUCUACUUAGUGCAGCUGUUACUGCUGGCUACAGCCUUGGUCAGAUCUUUAUCUUGUGGUGGAUCUUGAGGUUCAGCUGUCUUCCUUACUUCAACGUCAAGAUUUAAAAUCUGGAUCUCCUGGACUGCCUGGACCUCUUUCUAAUCCGUGCAAUUAAUGCCUACUGACUAUAAUAUAAAUAGUCUUAAAUAGCCUCUUGAACUUACCAGGUUGGUGCAGGCUGUAGUGUAGGCCUACUUCACGACCUACGGCAAUUUGGAUAUAACAAUUUUAUAACUGAUAGCACUAGCAGCUGGCUUCUUGAACAUUGACUCUUCUAAUUCUGACACUGAAGGUUUUAUUGAAUAACUAGACUCUAUGGCAACCACAAGCCUCUUGCCCAGAGACGGUACUCUCGACAGUGGGGUUUAUUCCUGCAACUGUGAGAACUGUGGCCAUUUUUUCAAGUUCCGGUCUGUUGGAGAUCAGAAGAAUGACAUCAGCCUUACCAUCAAUGGACAAAAUUACACAGUCGGAAAUGAGUUUCACCCUGCAACCUCGCUUCUGGAGUUUAUGCGCAGCACGCGGAUCUCUACUGGCACCAAAGGUGGCUGCUAUGAGGGUGGAUGUGGCUUGUGCCUGGUCACUGUGACCCUCACUGACCCUAUCACUGGCAAGAUUCGCCCCUAUGCCGUGAACUCUUGCUGCCUGCAGUUGUAUACAUGUGAUGGCAUUACGGUGACCACUGUGGAAGGCCUUGGCAGCACCAAGGAUGGACUCCAUCCCAUACAGGAUAGGAUGGCGAAACAUGAUGGGGCUCAGUGUGGCUAUUGCACUCCUGGUCAAAUCAUGAAUAUGUAUGGAUUGCUACAGAAAAAUCCCAAACCCACAGUGCAGGAAGUGGAAGAUGCCUUUGAUACAACGCUGUGCAGAUGUACAGGAUACAGAGCUAUCCUGUCCGCAAUGAAGUCAUUUGCUGUUGAUGCGCCUGAUUCAUUGAAGUCAGAGGGAGGUCUCAUAGAUAUUGAGGACCUUGAAGGAAAAGUUUGUCGGAAGACGGGGCAGGCAUGUGUUGGUCACUGCGAGCAGAAGUCGGAGGCUGGGGCGCCAUGCGGAAACAGCGUGCCCAAGAGUCUGCACAUCGUUAAUGCCAGUGCUCAGUGGUUCAAACCCCUGACCCUGUCGGAGCUGUACCCUCUGCUGAGGCAGCAUGCUGCGGACAAGUACAGGCUGGUGCUCGGCAACACAGGCUUUGGUAUUUAUGGAGAAAUUGGACCUUGGAAUUAUUCUGUUCUCAUAGACAUAAGAAAUGUCCAGGAGCUCUACGUCAUUCAGACAAGGUCGAGUGAUCACAUCACCCUAGGUGCAAAUGUAUCCAUCGCCUCUCUGCUGGAGUUGUUUGUUGCUUCCACUGACCCUGGCCUCGUCUACAAGGAUGCUUUUGUGAAACACUUGAAGAGAACAGCGUCUAGUGGCAUCAGAAAUCUUUGCUCUUGGGCGGGCAACUUGAUGCUGAAGAACCUGCAUAAGGAUUUUGCCUCUGAUGUUUUCACCAUGUUUGAAACUGUUGGGGCAAAACUCAACAUAGGGUCCAGUGAUGGAGUGGUGCAGCAGUACACUCUGCUGGACUUCUUGAAACUGGACAUGAAGGGCAAAGUGAUUGUGUCUGUGGAGCUCCCCAAGUACAGCACUGGUGACCGACACGUGCGCACGCUGAAAACCUCACACAGGCUUCAGCUAUGCCACGCCCAUGUGACCUGUGGAUUUAACUUCGUGGUCGACGCCAACAACAACUUUCUCGUCAAGGAAAAGCCCAGUAUUGUUGUUCAAGGCAUCAACGGCAACCUGAUUCAUGCUGUUCAGACUGAGGGCUAUCUCUUGAACCGGCAGCUUGGAGACCCCAACGUGCUGAAAGGUGCUAUAGAUCAUCUGACUGUUGAGAUAGUCCCAGACUCUGCACCUGUGCUAGCCAGCCCAACCUACCGAAAGAAUCUUGCUUUGGGCCAUUUCUACAAGUUUGUUCUGGAGCUGUGUCAGAGCAAGUGUAGUCCGCGCUACGUCAGCGGUGGCACAGACUUGAACCGGCCGGUCAUGUCGGGCACUCAGGAAUAUGGCACUGAUGACCCCAAGACUUACCCUGUGUCUAAAGCCAUGAUGAAAGUGACUGCCAACAACUUGACAACAGGAGAGAUCAAGUUCAUUCCAGACUUGCGCCCUGCUCAAGGGCAAGUGUAUGCAGCCGCUGUCCUGGCCACCCAGGGAAAUGCCAAGAUACAGAGCAUUGAUCCCUCCGCUGCUUUGAAAAUGCCCGGGGUGCUGAAGUUUAUUGAGGCCAAAGACAUCCCUGGAGAGAACAACUGGCGUCCCAGGGGAGCAUACACUGGAUUCUCUCAGGAGCUUCUGAGUUCAGGACAAGUGUACUAUGCGGGUCAGCCCAUCGGCAUUGUUGUUGCUGAGGAUGAGAUCACCGCCCAGAGUGCAACGUUUGCAGUGAAGGUCACGUACAGUGACAUACAGCAGCCCAUUGUUGACCUGAAUGAUGCCAUUCAGAAGAAAUCCUUCUUUGAGCUUUUGGGACCAUACACUAAAGGAGACGCCCAAGCGGCCAUGGCAUCGGCCCCUCACAAAGUGUCAGGCUCUAGCCAGAGUGGUCAGCAGUACAACUUCCACAUGGAGACUCAGGCUGCCAUCUGCACACCGACAGACACCGGGGGCAUGGAUGUGAUAGCCACCUCACAGUGGCUGGACGCCUCUCUUUCCUCAGUGGCUCAAGUGUUGGGACUGCCAGAUUCUGAUGUACAUGUGGAGACCCAGCGACUUGGUGGAGCUUUUGGUGGAAAGAUCUUCUACACCCUUCCCGUGGGAGCGAUGUGUGCCGUGGCAGCACAACUUAUGGACAGGCCUGUGAAGCUUCACAUGGACCUUCACACCAACAUGCAGUUCCAAGGCAAAAGAACAGGCUACAGAUAUGACUAUGAGAUCGGCUUUGAUGACAAUGGCAAGAUUCUGGCAAUCAUUGCUAAGAGUUACAGUGACACAGGGGCUCUGUUUUUCAACCAGGAUGGUAACGAGUACACUUACUUCAUGCUGGACGGAGCAUACUUCUGCCCCAACUGGCUCUACACCACACAACCUUGCAAGACAAACAAACCUUGCAGCACAGCGGUCAGAGCUCCAGGCACAGCCCCUGCCAUCUACCACCGAGAGUGCAUGAUUGAUCACGUGGCUACAUACCUGAAAAAGGACCAUCUGGAAGUGCGCAAAGUAAACCUCUUUCAGGACGGACAAUCUACCCUGGCUGGCAUGGUGAUAGAGAACAGCCUAAUCAGCCAGAUGGUGUCUCAGAUGGAGACAGAUGCAUCCUAUGCCACCCGUAAACUGGCGGUGGAGAACUUCAACAAGGCUAACCGUUGGAAGAAGCGAGGCCUUCAGAUGAUGCCAUGUCGCUAUGGCUACCAGUGGAGCUACAUGCGGUUCAACACCAGUGUUGUGGUCAACCACUCUGACGGCAGUGUGGUCAUUGUGCAUGGUGGCAUCGACAUGGGCCAGGGCAUCAACACCAAGGCUAUCCAGACAUGUGCGUACAAGUUUGGCAUCCCUGUUGACAAAAUCCGAGUGAAGACAACCAACAGUGUCACCAAUGCCAAUUCAUCCUGGACAGCUGGCUCUGUGUCUUCUGAACUGGUUUGUGUGGGUGUGUCGGACUGCUGUGACACCAUCUUGAAGCGCAUGGAGCCUGUCAAAGCUGAUAAGCCUGGAGCGACCUGGGAGGAGCUGGUCACUGAGUCGUUUGCACGCUGGGUCAACCUGACGGCCUCUGCCUUACCUGCGCUGAGAGACCAGUACGUGAGCCGCUACAAUGUGUGGGCUGUCUGUUGUUGUGAGGUGGAGCUGGACGUUCUCACUGGUCACUACCAGAUCCUCCAGGUGGACUUGCUCUUCGAUGGAGGCACCAGUCUGAAUCCUGAGCUGGACAUGGGUCAGCUGGAGGGUGGCUUUGUCAUGGGCCUGGGACUCUUCCUGUUAGAGGACUUGACCUUUGACCCUAGCACUGGACGUCUUCUCAACGAUGGCACUUGGGAGUACAAGAUUCCUCUGACCAAAGAUCUGCCAAUUGUGUUCAACAGCAAGUUUGUGAGGAAUGCAGCAAACCCCCUAGGCUUCCUCCGAUCAAAAGCUGUGGGAGAAGCCCCUGUGGCCUCGGGCACUGUGGCUGUGAUGGCUCUGAAGAGAGCUGUGGAGGCUGCCCGGGCCGAGCUGGGACACCAGGGAUGGUUCCUACUGACUGCCCCAGCCACUGUGGAGAAACUGCAACUGGCCUGUCAGACGCAAGAAGCCACUUAUACCUUUGGCCAGUGAUUCUGUCGUCUGCCAGAUCUUCCAGUGACUCCAUUGUCUCUGCUCUUUUAAAACUUUGAAAUGUGCUCCUUGUGAGCAGUCCGGAACUACUUUGUUUUGUUGAACUUUACAGAAACUGUUUGUCAUGUUGAGGUAUUUUAGACUCAUAGUUCAGCUAUUAUCAUUUAAAGUUCUUACAGUUUUAAGCAUUUAUUGAGAUUUCUUGUGUUCUGUGAUGAGUGAAAUGAGUCUUUAAUUUUUUUUAGUUUGUUAUUUUGUGUGAUCUACUAUUUUGUUCUUAUACGAGUGUAAAGCAAUUACAAAACAUUUACAAUAAAUCAAUCAAUUUAUAAGUCUAUAAUUACAGAAAUGCUCUCAGUCAGUGUGUGGUUCAGAGGACAACCAUGGUUCCUCUGCUGAUCGCUGUGCAUUUUAUUAGUACAACAUGCCCAAAUAUUUUACUUCAGUUCCUGGUCAAAUGUAUGAAGCCCUAGAGUUCUGGGUCAGAGUACUUUUUCUUUUUGGUUUGUUUUGUGGUCUGGGUUGACUGGUGCUGUACUCUUGGGAUGAGAGCAUUCAAAUAAUUUGAGAAAUACUGUCGAACCUGUGUAAGACGGCCACGCUUUGUUGAGGGGAAAAGGGGCCAUAACGUAUAAGACAGGUGGCCGUCUUAGGGUGGACUGAUCAAAAUAAAGAGAACAAACUAUUUACUUCUGAGAUCCUAACUGAAGGUGGUUGCAUGCUUAGGACUGCCCUAGGGCUGAUUAAAAUGUGUUGUCUUUGUUGUUUUAUUUCUUCUGAAAGGGGGGAGAGAAUAGGGCGGUUUUUGUUUGUUUGUUUUAUUUUUAUGACAUUUCAUCCAUUAGAGGGACUGACAACGUCAGGUGAAAGAAUUAUGACGACUUGUCCACAACAUCAGAGGAAAAUGCAUAAUUUUUAACAAAGUCGGGCUUUCUUAGGCAGGUAGAUUUGGCUGUGGGUUGAUAAAACAGGGUGGCUGCGGCCGCGUUGGAAAGGUGCCUGUUUGACACAGCUAAAUUGUAUAGAAAAAACAGGGGGGGGGGGGGGGGGAUAGAAAGUGGCUGUCAUGGCAGGUUCACUUGUCCAUCAAAAGCUACUGCUAUCUGCUAUCCAAGUGACCUAGCUCUUUGAAUAUUUAGUUGAAAAGGUCUAAGUCUAAGUUAUUCUAAUUAAUCUAAUCUCCUAGAGAUCAUAAAGGUUUACUUUUAAAUAUUAGGGGAGAAGGAUGAGUGUCGCAUUCUCAUAUAUGCUAUGAUGAAUGAUGAUAAACCCCUUUUAAGUCACCGAAUCUAAUCUUUUGUCACUAGUCACUAUACAGUCGUCAUCGAAUGGCAAACUGCUACUGAAAAAGGAAACAGAGUGCAGAAGUUGAUGAUGUGCUACUCGCAACACUUUUUUCACAAUAAUUGGAAAAUGAAAUGCUGUGUUUAUUAAAAUCCUGUCUUUCUAUGCCUAGCUUUGUUUCAUCUUGCGUUGCUGUGGUGGCCUAAUUUGCAUACUGAUACAUACAUCUUUUACUAUUUUUAGCCCUGUGAUUUAAUGCUUUUUAUUUUUUAUGCUUUGCAUGGUAUGUUCUGCAGGAUUCUGUAGAAGUUGUUGGAGACACUUUUUCUUAACAUCUGUAUGCAUUGUAUUUGAAUUAUUUAGUUUCCCCAUAUAUAUCGGAAGUUUUCUUUGACAGUUGUUAAUGCAGAUAGAUAAGGUUGUGUGUGAGGAUGAUUUCUAAUAAUAAUAAUAAAUAAAAAGCAUUUGUAUAACGCACACCCCUGCUCAACAGCAAGCUCUACACCUUUUUUUGUGGACAAUGUAGUUAAGAAGUGCUCCUUCUUUACUUUACAGAUGAUAGUGCUUUUACUGUAUUGAACAGCAUCAUGUGUCCUGGUAAUGAUCAAGCAUGCGCUUAAUAAAUGGUCCAAUUCAUGCCAGAAACUGCCAGUUGCAGUGAGAGCAAGAAAAGGAUUUGAUAUUCUGCACUCUUUUGUAUCAUCUUGUCUCUUUUCAGAUUAUCCUAUGCCUUCUCUGCUCUGCCUUUGUUCCAUUUUGAGAUCCCUUUUCCCUUUUCCACUGCUGCAGCUUUUCUCCGCUAUCCCGGUCUCCAAGGCAUCUUUGUCUGUAGAGGUACUGUUUUUUCCUUCUGUUGUAGUGUGUGCUAAAGAAGGUCUGUAAGUGUAAGGACUUUGGCAGACUUGGAAAUCAGAUAAUGAAAAAUAAGAAGAUUCUUUUCUUUAAAAGUACUUUGUAAUGACUUAUGUUGUAAAUAUAUUUGAUGUCAGGCUAAG